CUUCAACAACUGCAACAGACACAUGGCUCUUGACUACCGGUGACAAUUUUGCAGCAUCUGCUGCCAAUACGGAACUAUCAAACACGCUCAGAUGGGAUAGAUAUCCCAACAAGACCGGACAAUGGCCUUGCGACACCUUACUACUACCUUGAGGUCUUCUGGCCGUCCGUACCAUAUAUUGCCCUCAAAAUCAACCUCCUUCCGACCCAUCCGAUCCACCUACCCCUCACCGAGACGAUUUCUGGCAUCCCAAGCACCCAAGGAAUCUGCUACAACGAGCUCACAAGAAAUCUCAGCAAAGGAAUCUGCAUCGGAUUCAGCUUCAUCAAAACCGUCUGUACCGUCAAAGCCGAGUCCUACGGCAACUCCGCCUCCUGAUUGGGAAGACAACCCUAAUUACGAUAUUUCACAAUUCUCCGAGCUGCCACAUUCUAACUUCGGCGUCAACCAGCAUAUUGUGAUCAACGAUGAGUUCAAGGAAGCACUUAGACAAAUACUGUGGCAGUUUCGAGCACCCAUUCGAUAUGCGUUUGCCUAUGGAUCUGGCGUGUUUCCUCAAUCCAAGCCAUCUGCGAUAACGCCAUCGAGCGCUACCUCGAUCCACCCGAAAGCUCCACUGGCGGUGCAAAAAGCGCAGGGCGGUACCCCGAAGAUGAUCGAUUUUAUAUUUGGUGUUUCUUAUACCCAGCAUUGGCAUUCUCUGAACCUCACACAACAUCGAAAUCACUAUUCUGCUCUUGGGUCUCUUGGGUCGGGCGCAGUAUCAGCAGUACAGGAGAAAUGGGGAGCUGGCGUAUAUUUCAACCCUUAUGUGACGGUCAACGGGACACUUAUAAAGUAUGGAGUUGUGAAUUUGGAUACGUUGUGUACAGAUUUGUCGGAAUGGACUACAUUAUACCUUGCAGGACGAUUGCAGAAACCAGUCAAAAUCUUAAGGGAUGACCCCAGAGUGCGUCUUGCAAAUCAAGUCAAUCUGAUUUCUGCAUUACGGACAGCGUUAUUACUGCUACCUCCAACAUUUACGGAAUUGGAAUUAUAUGGAACAAUCGCCAGCAUCAGCUACAUGGGAGAUCCCAGAAUGGCUCUACCGACUGAGGACCCAUCCAAAGUCGCGAAUAUCGUCGGUAACAACCUUCACAAUUUCCGAAGACUGUAUGCUCCACUAGUCGACAACCUUCCCAACGUUAAAUUUAACGACUCGAAAUGCUCGAAUCCAGACUGGGCGGACGAUCCAUCUGCAAAUGUGCAACUUGCCCAAGACAUGGAUCCUGUGAAGAGAGGUAAUAUGGUGAGACGAUUACCGAAAGCUUUCCGAUCAAAGUUAUAUUUCCAGUAUCAGAAGAAGUUUCAAAUUCCUCAAUUGGAGUUCAACAAAAUGCUUGAGGCUUCUGCUGAUGAAGAUGCAACAAGAAUCAAUAGGAGAGAAGGCGGUGGAUUCGAAAGAAGGAUCGCAAGCGAACCUCCGGAGGACUUGCGAGCUGAAGUCCGAGGAGUUAUCAAAAGUACUAUCAGUUGGCCCAGUACCAGCCAGAGCUUAAAAAGCGGGAUAACCGCAGGUUUCUCGAGAACGUGGAGAUAUGUGGGAGAAAAGAUGGAGAAGUAUCGGGCUGGUAAAAGAAAAGCAGCUGAAGCUGCCGCGCAAGCGAGAGAAGAGCAAAAGCAGGAAAAAGAGAAGAAGUCAUGAGUGAGGAGAUGCAUAUCAGUGUCCGGGGAGGAUUAAGGCCAAUGAGACGAGUUUCUUUCAUGUAAUUACGCAUGUGUACAUAGAUUUGGGACUUUGGUCCCAGUACGCGUCAGGCUAAGGCUAGACUACAGCACUUUCAUUUGUUGGAUGGAUGCAUAGCGAGAGAAGCCAAUGAGU